GAAAACAAACAAAGCUGGCGCUGCGUAAUGGAAGCCAGUUUCGAAAUUGAAUUGUGAAGCACCAUUUAUAACUCAUUGGAGACUUGUCAGUGCAGUGGGUGCUCGUCUACACAGCAUACAAAUUCAAAAGUUAAAUUUAAACAAAAAUUAAUAAGUGACGGUUUUUCUUUGGAACUCUUUUCUGGAACAUUCUUUAAACCGAAAAUUCUGGCAACCGACCGACCCCCCAACCCCCUUGUCAGACAUCUAACAAAGAAAUCGCAGGCGAAAAGUGCAGGCCAGAGCCGAAUUUGGUUAAAACCAGUUACAGUUACAGCCACAGACACAGGCAAUUGAUUUGCGUCGCAGUUUCCCGAACAAAGAAAGCAAACAGAAAGCUCGCGCAGACAUGGAGAAGAAGCAACAGCAGGAGCAGGAGCCAGACCAGAGCCCGAGCCCGAGCCAGACCCGACUGGGGGAGCGCACCGAAAGCGAGAGCUCCGUGGACAGCAUGACGCGCUUUGUGGUGCCCAGCCUGGAUGGCAGCCCACCGAAGAUUGUCACCAUCGAGGAGGUGUCCGGAAUAUUCAAGGACCUCCGAAAUAUGGAGCUGGCCCACGAGAUUGCCUUGAAUCCGGACUUCAAGCUGAAGCAGUAUGAGCCGCCAACGCACAGCUUUGAGGGACGCGUCAAGGCCAUGGUGCACAAGGCCUACUGGGAUGUGUUGCGCACCCAGCUGGAGCGCCAGCCGCCGCAGUACGACCAGGCAAUACGCCUGCUGGCGGAGAUCAAGGAGUGCAUACCCCAGCUGGUAACGCCCAACGAGCGCACGAUCGCCCGCAUCAACGAGGUGCUGGACACGGACGUCAUCAGGCAGCAGGCGGAGCAGGGCGUGCUCGACUUCAAGGCCUAUGCCGACUUUGUCAUACUCAUUCUGUCGCAGUCGUGCAGUGCGGCCAGGGACGAGGCUGUGGCCGAGCUGCGCAAGAUGGACGAUGUGGUGGACACCUUCCGCAGCAUCCUGGAGCUGAUGGCGCUGAUGAAGCUGGACAUGGCCAACUUCAUGCUGGAGCUGGCUCGCAAGGAAAUCUCCGCCAAUUCGGUGCAGUACGAGAAGGAGAAGCUCAGCAAGUACCUGCACGAAUUUCAUGGCAAAGCUGGUUUCCCUGCCACUGAGGACUGGCUGCAGCGCAAUCGCUCGGAUGUGAGCAACCAUCAGACCAUCUACAAUGGUUACAUGGAGCUGAUCGACUACCCGGCCGACAAGGAUUUCCCCGAGCUGCUGCGCAUCGACAAGGAGCGCUUUGCGGGCAUCAGCUGGCGUGCCCAGCGGCUCAUACUCUGCGCCUCGCUUAUCUCGAUUGCCCAGAGCCCACCGAUUAUUUCACAGCGUCCCAACAAUCGCGUGAAACUGGCCAAGCAGCUGGAAAUCAUAAUGCAGGACGUCAAGGACGAAACCCAAGUGCCCGCGGCGCUGGAGAGCUGCUACGAGCAGAUCCGCUGCCUGGUGAACAGCGCCCUGUCGCAGGAGCAGCAGCCGGACAUGGACGAGGCCAAUCUGGCGAGCCUGAAGAGCCAACUGCUGCAGCUGAGCAACAAAACCUCACCAGUGCGCAGUCUCAUGGCCAAGCGCUUUGAUCUGUUCGUGCGCGUGUCGCUGCGCGCCGACAAUCACAUUCCGCCACCGCCCGCGGGCUUCAAGGAGUUCGAGGAUGAGCUGACCGCACUCAUAUCCUCGCUGCUCCGCUUGAUAACCUACAACCAUGCGGUCUUCGGGGAGCAGUUCUUCAAGAUACUGGAAAAGGCUGGUGCCAGCGCUGCAGAGUCGCCGUCGGAGCCUGCAGCAGCUGCACCCAUGGGUGGCCGUGCCCAGGUGGCCAAUCCUUAAGCGGAGCGAGGGAGGAACACCCAAAACUAUGACAGCAUAAAAGAUGUUCUGGCAAACGCUUUGCAGGCGAAACCAGAACAAGGAGCAGCAAAAUGGUGGGAAGAACAAGGAAAGGCAGAAGGAACACGCCCAUUGAACUGAACUUUCUCUAUCCAUUUGUUGUGGCUCUUCAAAUACAGAUAAAUAUUCUUGAUUUCGGAUUCUAA